GACACUCAAGGUCGCACUUGGCAGCGCACCUGGAUGCCUCUGGAUGCAAACAGUGAUGGGGAGCACAAUGGCGGCACCGCUGCGCGAGUGGGUGUGCUGGACGCUGCUGGCGCUGGCCUCGGCGCGCCUGCUGUUGCCGGACGUGACACUCAGCGCCGAGCAGCUCCUGACGCUGGGCUGGCGGACGGCCCUGCCGCUGGCUGCCUGCUUGCUGCUCUACAAAGCACUGGUCAUCUACUCCGUACCUAUGAACCACGUGAUGGGGCCGCAUUCUUUGGGACCGGUCCGUGACGAAAGCACCAAAAACCUUUGGAAUCGUCAACGUGCCACCAAGAAUCACGUGAACCAAGUGCGCCAGCGACAGAAGAACGCGAGGAUGCCGCCACCGUACCCGAACGCCUGGUUCAUGGCGAUGGAGAGCCGGGAUCUGCGGCCAGGCGAGGUCCGACCGCUCGACAUUCUGGGGUACCAUCUGGUGAUAUUUCGAACGAAGGCAGGCGAGGCCCGAAUCCUGGACGGCAUAUGUCCUCAUCUGGGCGCCGACCUUGCCAUGGGGGUCGUCAAGGGCGAAGAUAUCGAGUGUCCCUUUCAUAAGUGGGCCUUCAACGGCCUUACCGGCGAGGUCGAGUGCGUGCCCUACUCCAAGCAAAACAAAGGAAGUCUGCAGCAUUUCGCCGUCGACGCCUGGCCGGUGUUCGAGGCGAACGGCGCCAUUCACGUGUGGCACCACGCCGAGGGGGAGCCGCCCUCCUGGCACCCGCCCAUACACCCGCACAUUGCCAGCGGACGCUACAAGUUCUGCGGCCGCUCCGAGCAUACGGUGUUUGCCCAUAUCCAGGACCUGCCUGAAAACGGUGCGGACAACGCGCACCUAGCUGUUCUUCACGGCAAGAUUUUCACGGACGGUAACGACCUGGAGGAAAGGCUGCGCUGGCGCUGGAUCCGCCACAACUGGACGGCCACCUGGGAGGCCCACCCCGAGCAGAAGCACCGAUUCACUACCCGUAUCAGCACCUCCUUCACUGUGCUGAACAUGUUCCACGACCUCUACCACAAUGACGUUGUUGUGGAGCAGGUUGGUCCUGGUCUUGUUUAUAUUGAGUUCAACGCACCCUUCGGCUCUGGAGUCGUGCAACAGAUGGUGACACCUGUUGGAGACCUUUGUCAGCGUGUCGUUCAUACAAUCUACUGGGAUCGUUCGUAUGGUCUGGGCCCGCUCAUCGCCAAGUUUACCUUCCUCGCGGAGGUCACUCAGUUUGAGAGAGACGUGCGCAUGUGGAACAGCAAGGACCAUCUACCGCUGCCGGCCCUUGUGCGCGAGGAUGCCACUAUCCUCAAGUAUCGGCGCUGGUUCUCGCAGUUCUACUCUGAGAACUCGCGCCGACCGCUGCGGCCCGUCGAUUCGCUGGAGCUCUGAGCCGGACCAGCUAGAGCUCUGAGCCGGACCAGCUGGAGCUCUGAGCCACCGCCGACGGCGAAUGCGUGCUGAACGCUCCAGAUGCGCUUCAUUGCCGACGCGCCCUCCACUGCCUCUCCUGCUGCUCUGCAGCUGUCUUCGGUUGUCUUUGACUCCCGACUUGAGGUCCGUUCUUUCAGACGCAGCGCGCAGCCGGUCUGUGCUUUCUGUCGGUGGCUCCUGCGACUAAGGUGUGUGGCGGUGUGGAUGUCUCCAAUGUAUGUGCGUAUGUAUCCAAUGUAUGCACGUCCAGAUAUCCUAGCAGGCUCUCAUCCGAUGACCUGAACUAAUACCGCUAGGCUUGUGACGAACUCGUGCAGUGCUGGUGCUCAUGACUCAUAGAUUGGUGUUGAAUAGCAUUAGUGAUAAGGGAUGUUCAAACUCAUUAGCAGCAAGUCAGGUUUCAUAUUCAUAGGCUGGAGGGAUCCAAGCUCGCGUAGGUCACUUCAGGCUUAUGCUCAGGUGUAGGUUGUAUAGUUUUCUGAAAUUCGAAGCUAUACAUGUGUGUCUUACCCCACGGCCUUUGCGCAAAUGUAUAAAUAUGAAAAGAUGGUGCGGCUUGUGUCCAAACAUAGUAGCGUUCGGGUGAAGUGUGCAAAAAUAGCACCUCAGAAAUUAGACACAAAAAACUUACUGUGAUUUGGAGUAGAAAUCUGUCAGUCAUGCUCGGCUGGAUGCGUAAGAAGUGUGGGUGACAUUUUUGUUUUGCUUGAUUGGCAUUACCGCACCUGCACAAUGGUUUUUAACGAUGCAUUUCCUUGGGGCGUUUUCACCUUUCAUUUGAGGGUGGAUUUUAGCGCAAUUAACAAUACAGCUUUUGCGUUGGGUCUUUGUGUCUUUGCACGAGGGCGGAUCCAGAACGUCGCCUUGGAGGAAUCGAGGGAAUCCAAUAAGUUAUCCUGAUUUCCGAAAACUCGUCCAUUGCUCUCCUUUUGCCUCAAGGACUGUAAGAAAGCUUCUGUUGGUAAAAAAAUGCUUAGAUUUUCUUCACAGUCCAGAGAAGUGAUUUUUGCCCGACCUGGGCUGUCUUGGGGGAGGGAAACCAUAGCCCGGUUUCCCCCAUCCCCCCCCCUCCCACCCGCCCUGGAUUCGCCCGUGUCAUCGUAUGCACACUAAAACCCAAUGCAAAACCACCUGGCACGCCAAAUACCGAACAACACGACAAUCGCGUCACGCGUUGAUUCAUAACCUGCAUGGAAUGUCAUAAGCGCACAGCUGUGUCACUGUGAACGUGUGUGUCACUCAUGAGCGUUGAUGAAUAUCAGAAAUCAAUCAGAGUAAGUAAUGCGCCGGGUGCUGCUGUCUACAUUGUGUUGUGUACGUAGUUAGCGUUAUGUAAUAAAGGGAAC